AUCAUGUUAAUUUUUCCAGUACUUUUGGUAGCAGUAAUACUUCUAGCAAGAUGGUAUUCCAAGCCUAAGACGAUCCCCGCCUACAAAGGCGAGGGCUUCUUCUCCUUCCUCAGCGACGCCCACGACUACGCAGUCAAACCCAUCUCGCUCAUCCGUCGAGCUCAAUCACAAUGCGGUAAUAUCUUCUCGAUUCAGAUCCUGACAGUCCACAAUGUCUGGCUUCGCGGAAAUGAGCUCAACAAGGCUUAUCUCGACAUGCCCGAGAAGGCUUGGUCUUUCGGCCACGGAAUGGGAAUAUUUCUCAACAAGAUCCUCGACCCUGGAUACAUGGAUAACAUCAGGGUCAUGGUCGGCUCCCUCAGCCGGUACAUCAACCGCGCCACGGCGCAGGCGCACAUAGCUAAUUGUACCGUGGAGGAGACGCACCGAUGCGCACUCGAGUGGACGACCAAGACCGAUGUGGAGCUCUUUGACGGAGUAUCCGAGUUGACGCACAAGGUCAUUGUCAGGACGCUGAUGGGCGAUGACUUUUACGAAUCGAGCAGUGAGCUCCUGGGCCUUUUGCACGCGAUGGAGUCCGACAUUGGCAGCAUCUGGUCCUUUGUGCUGCCUGACUGGGUGCCUCACCCCCCGGCUAGGAGGCUGCAUCGCGCCCGCGAGCGUGUGAAGGAGAUCUUUUGGGAAAAGCUUAGCCAGCGACAUGUCGCGGCGAAGAAUGGUGACCUCGAGACCGACCUGCCGGAUUACAUCACGCACACACUGCAUGAGCAGAGCAUGGCGCCUCUGAGGCACUAUCUUCCUUCUCAUCACACUGUUUUGAUGUUUGCUGCUCACACUUCUACAGUCGCUGCGAUCUCGUGGGUCGUGGUAUGCCUUUUACGCCAUCCUGAUGUCAUGGCCGCCGUGAAGAGAGAUGCCCGUAACGGAAACACAGACUCGGUGCUCCUCCAAGCCUGCAUCAAGGAGACGAUGCGCUACUACGCAGGAAUGAAGUGCCUCCGCCUCGGUUCAGUCGUGUCCAUUUCCCCCUACUUAACGCACCACGAUCCCGCCAACUAUCCGAACCCGGACGCCUGGAUGCCCGGACGGUGGCUCAAUGCCGAGAACAAGCUCGUUAAUCUCGAAGAAAAGGACGGCAACGGUGUGAAGAGUAUGCUGUUUGGCGGCGGCAGCCAUCGAUGCCCUGGUGAGAAGAUGGCCAUGAUCAUUGUGACGCAGACAUUGACGACGCUGCUGCGGUCUUAUGAUGUUACGUGGGCUUCGCCGGACCAGCCCCAAACUGUUGACUUUGAAGGUCUGGAUUUUGACAAGGUUGGCUCGCCUUGGCUGAAGGUAGGUCACUUGAAAGUGAAGAUUUCUAGGAGGAAGUGGCCCGAGAUCAUGGCGGGCUGUUGA